AUGCCCGGCUCGCCCUUUCGCCGUCGCCCAGCAGCCACGCGCACAUACGGCUCGUCCCGCCCCUCGGCCGCCGCACCUGCCCUCGCCUCGGACGCCGUCUCGCUCAACCCGCGGCGCACCUCGGCCCACGCGCCCAAGAGCGCCCACGCCGACCUCGACGACAGCAGCACCAGCAGCAGCGACGACGACGACGCUGUCGCAGCCAGCCUCGGCGCGAGGACGAGUCGCCCUCCUCCCUCCCCCGCACCCGCACCCGCACCCGCACCCGCACCACCACCCGUCGCACCUCACGCCGACGGCAAGCGCCCAGCGGCGAGCACGCAGGGCGGCGCGGCAUCGGGCGACGGCGAGCUCGAGCUGGUCGCAGCGGCGCGCCCCGCCCGCAAGACGCGCUCGCUCGGUGCGGCCGCAGCACGGCUCGAGGACGCACCCGGCGCAGGCGGCAGGGUCGUGUGGGACGAGACGGCCGCACUCGCGGUCAAGCCUGCGCCGAGGCGCAGGGCGAGCGCGCGACUGGCGGCGGGCGCCGACGCAGUGGGCGACGCCGUCGAGGCCAGCGCCGUCUCGCCCGCCAAGCGGCGCAGCCUCGCUCCUGUCGCCGCCGAUGAUGCGCCCGACGACUCGAGCUUGCCUGUCCAAGCGCGCGCGCCGCCCAAGAAGCGCGCCCGCCUCUCGGCGCCGCUCCCCUCGCGUGCGAGGGCCGCCGGGCGGGAGCUCGAGGAGGACGUUCCCGCGCCGCUCGACUACGUUCCGCUCGCCGAGCGCCUCAAGCGUGCCACCCUCGACAACCCUACACCUUCAGCCGGCGACAAUGCCCCACCGGUGCGCCGCACUCGCUCCACCUCGCGAGCCGUCGGCACCGCAUCCCCUCCUCCUCCUGCGGCGGCUCCCGCCCUUGCGCCCGGCCCGACACCUGCCGCUCCUCCUCGACCCUCGUCACCUCUUCGUCGCACUUCGGCUGCCGCCGCCGUUCCUCGAGCCGCCCCUCCGCUGCGCCACACGGCCUCGUCCACUUCUCGCCCGUCUGCUCCCGCACCUGCCGCCGGUUCCUCCAAGCCUGUCGCCAAGCAGAAGCCGCCGCCGCUCGCGCAGCCGAAUGCACGCCCGCCGAGCCCGGCCAAGGACCUGAGCGCCAUCUUCUCGCGCUUCGCACCCGUCGUCGCCGACAAAGGCGGCGCCGAAGCAGGCGAGGCGGGCGCAGCGGCGGCGCGAACGGCGGGCACGAUGAAGCCGCGCAUGAUGCUCAAGCGGAGCGCAACGACGGGCAGCGCGGCAGACGGCGGUGCGGCCGGCGACAAGGGCCCGGGAGCCGCAGCGACCGACGACGAGGACGACUUCGCCGCAUGCGCGCCUGCCUCGCCGACGCGCCGCACCCUCGACCGCAUGCACUCGAACCCGACGCUUCCCUCGUCGCCGCUCGCGUCGCCCGCACGCGUCGCCGCCCUCGGCGGCUCGCUGUCGUUCCCGACCCUCGGCUCGCCGUCGCGCACCGGCGGCGCGUCCCCAAACCCGUUCUCGCGCGAGUCGAGUCCGUCGCCUGCCCGCACUGCCGCGGCAUCGGCAUCAUCGGCCGUCGCCGCCGCGAGGGCAGGCGCGGUCCCGGCGCUCGGGUCGGCGUACCGCCCACUCGCGUUCGCGCCGCCCGCGAGCACGGCUUUCGCCUCGGCGGCGGGUCCGACGCGCACCUACGCCGGCGGUGCGCGCACCGUGCGGCGCGACGUCGACGAGGAGGCCCUGUUCGCGGCGCCGGCGGCCCACCCGUCGUCGUCGGCCGCCUCGUCCUCUGCCUCGACCUCGACGUCGGCCCUGCCCAAGCUCCCGCCGGCGCUCUCGGGGCGCACUCGCCCCGCAGGCGCUCCCGCCGCGGCGCCGCAGCAGGACCUGACGACGCUGCGCGCGCUGUGGGGCAUCGACGCCGAGGAUGCGCUCGCCGACUCGGAGGAGGCCGACUCGCAGGACCGAGGCUCGCGCGUCGUGGGCGGCGGCCUGCUGCGCAAGCAGGGCGAGGGCAAGAGGUGGAUGGACGAGAUGGGCUGGUGCCUCGAGGGCUUGCGCGACGGCGAGAGAAGUGCUGCGAGGGCGAGUGCCCUCGACCUCCUCAACAAGCUCCUCUCGCGCGACUGGCUCCGCCGCCUCAAGUCAUCGGGUCAAGCCGAGACCGUCUACCUCGCGUUCCGCCUCGCCUCGUCUACCUCGCCCUCCUUCUCAGCCUCGAGCAACGCCGACCAACCCGGUCCCGACCGCGUUCUCGACACGGCGUUCGCCGUCCUCCUCGCCCUCCUGAUGCGCGACCAGCGCAUGGCCGAGCCCCUGUGCCGCCUGCGCGCGGCCGACGUCGCCCGCGAGGCGGCCAAACGGCGCGCGCCGCAGGGCGACGACGACGGCGGCGAGGGCCCGUCGCAGGUGCACACGUCGGGCGUGGCGCAGAGCGACGGCGACAUCCAGCUCCGCAGCGAGGCGAGCGCAGGUUGGUGGUCGUCGUCGCCGCGCAAGGCGGGCCGAGUGGGAGGAGGAGCCGAGGACGAUGGCGUGGACGAGGACCGGUGCGACCUCCUCGAGGUGCUGCGCGAUCUCGGCGAGCGCGAGUGGGUGGGCGAGGAGAUUGGGACGGCGACGAGAGAGGACGAGGCGGGAGGAGCGGCGAGGGCCAAGGGCAAGAAGGCGCUUCGAGGAGAUGCGCGACAUUCCCUGCGCGACAUCAUCGACUCGGCCGACCUCUUCCCGUCGAGCGACGACCCGACCAUCCUUUCUUCGCCUGUCACGCUCCAAGCUCUCGUCCUCGCCGCCACGCGCUCGAUCACGUCGUUCGCUCCACGCGCCAUCUUCCAGCCGCAGCACAUGGUGUGCGAGUCGGGCGUGUUCGGCCAGGUCGUGCAGGUGUUCGUCGACGAGUGCGCCGGGAUUGAGGACCGGGUCACCAAGUACGAGAAGGGCCUCGACCUCUUGCCGCCACCCGUCGAGUCGGCGGCGGUCGGAUCCAUCAUCUCGCUCUCGUCCCUCUCGACCUGCCUGUCGAUCUUUGAGGCGACCUCGCUCGCGACCCCCUACGCGUUCCAUCUCAUCUCGUCGCCAAACGUCCUGCCGCACCUCGCGUCCGCCCUCGAGGACCUCACCCUCUUCACCUUUCUCCUCGCUCUCGAUCCGCCCGCCUCGACCGACUCGCCCGCCGACCCGACCCGCGUCGACGCCCUCGGCGCGCUCACUGCGGUGCUCGGCAUCCUCUUUGGCCUCACGACCGAGAGCGCCUGGGGCGUCCCGCUCGUCGCCGACGGCGGCAAGCUCGUGCGCACGCUCGUGCGCGUCAUCCUCGGCUGCAGGCGCGCCGGGGCCGCUCGGCAGCAGUCGAGCGCCGACACGACGCAGCUCGUCCGCUCGGCUACGAGGAGUGCGAGCGCGAUGGCGGCGACGACGAGCGAGGGCGACGUCGACAUGACGAUGGAGGACGAGGAGGAGGACGACGACGAGCCCGCCGGCGACCAGGCCGUGUGGGACAUCCUCUCGCUCGCGCUCGGCGUCCUCGCCAACCUUGCUGAAUCGGCCGACGAGGACCUGCGCGAGCGCGUCCGAGAACUGCUCCUCAGCUCUUCGUGCUACACCAACCGCAAGUGUGCGCGCGAGUGCCAGUGCGCGCUCGUCGGCGAGGCCGAGCCGUCGUCCGCCCUCGAGAUCCUCGCCCGUCUCGCGCUCGAUCCGCUCGCCGACUCGCCAAACUCGGUGUACCACCACUCGAUCACGGGCUUCCUGCGCCUCCUUCUCGGCCUCCUCGUCCUCGACUCGCCGCAGAACGAGGAGAUCGUCCUCGCCGCCCUCUCGCACUCGGCCUCGGCAAUAGCGCCCAUCCUCGACGCGCUCGAGGAGCUCGCCUCACUGCACGACGACCAACGGCGCGCACAAGACGAGCUGGCGCUCCCGGCGCCGGGCGACAAGGACGAUGACGACCUCGCCGCCGAGUCGCAGCGCACCGAGGUCGACGAGACGCAGCUUGACGAGAACGACGUGAGCAUGGACGAGGUCGGGGUCGCGAGGAACGAGGAGAGCGAGGGGGAGGGCUUGCCGAAGCGCAUGAGGGAGCUCGUGCAGCGGUUGCGGAGGCGGAUCUCGUAG